CGGCGCCUCACGCGAGGGGCGGUGUCCACCUUGCGGCGCCUGCGCACUGAGGCCGCCGAGCCGGCGCUGCUGGGCCUGUUCUGGAAGCGCGGCCGCUUUUGCCAAGGCCGCCGUCCCGCCCGUGCCUCGAUUAAUGCUGCAAUCCUGUAGAGUAACCUGGGAGUAAGUUCCAUUGAACCUGUAAGCAUUAAUUUCCAAGGAAGUGUGCACAGAUUUGGUAUGAAAAUAAUUUUUGGAAUUUUCUUGGCGGCGUGAAGAUCUGUGGGGAAAAAAUUUGAAACCUGGAACUACGCCCUACACACCCAGAUGUCUGGGAUGCUGAAAAAAUACCUUUGAACACCAAAUCCUGAAGAUUACUGUGAGGGGUGGCAACAUGCUGUGUUGGGGAAAUGCCUCCUUUGGACAGCUUGGACUGGGGGGCAUCGAUGAAGAGGUUGUACUUGAACCCAGAAGAUGCCAGUUCUUCCUAAAUAAAAAGAUCCAAGAUGUAGGCUGUGGACUGAGGCACACUGUGUUCAUUUUGGAUGAUGGGACUGUGUAUACAUGUGGAUGUAAUGAUCUAGGACAACUAGGACAUGAAAAAUCCAGAAAAAGACCAGAGCAGGUUGGUGCCCUGGAUGCUCAAAAUAUUGUAGCUGUUUCGUGUGGAGAAGCCCACACGUUAGCAUUAAAUGACAAGGGGCAAGUCUAUGCAUGGGGUCUUGCAGUAGAUGGACAGCUUGGCUUGCCUGGAACUGAAGAAUGUGUUAGAGUGCCCAGAAACAUUAAAAGUUUAUCAGAUGUCCAAAUAGUGCAGGUUGCCUGUGGCUACUGUCAUUCACUUGCCCUCUCCAAAGGAAGUGAAGUUUUUUCCUGGGGACAGAAUAAGCAUGGUCAACUAGGUUUAGGCUAUGAAUUAAAAAAGCAGACUUCCCCACAGCCGGUGAAAUCUUUAUUGGGAAUACCUUUUACCCAAAUUGCAGCAGGUGGUGCGCAUAGCUUUGUACUGUCUCUUUCCGGAGCUGUCUUUGGGUGGGGACGCAACAAAUUUGGUCAACUUGGUCUUAAUGAUGAAACUGAUAGAUACGUUCCCAAUCUUCUAAAGUCACUAAGAUCUCAUAAAAUUGUUUACAUCUCUUGUGGAGAAGACCAUACUGCAGCUCUUACAAAGCAAGGAGGGGUGUUUACAUUUGGAGCUGGAGGCUACGGGCAACUGGGUCACAACUUGACUAGCCAUGAAGUAAACCCCAGGAAAGUGUUUGAACUUAUGGGGAGCACAGUCACACAAAUAACCUGUGGAAGGCAGCACACGUCUGCGUUUGUUCCUUCAACUGGAAGAAUUUAUUGUUUUGGCCUUGGAGGCAAUGGGCAGUUAGGCACAGGAUCAACCAGUAACAGGAAAAGCCCCUUCCCAGUAAAAGGAAAUUGGCUUCCUUAUGGUGGCCAGAUCCCACCAGAUUCAGACGGUGAACAAUAUUAUUGUGUAAAGAAGAUUUUCUCUGGUGGAGAUCAAAGCUUUUCCCAUUAUUCUAUGCCAGAGGAUUUGAUUCCCCCAGAUGACUUCAGAUAUCCUAAUGCUUCGAAGCAAAUCUGGACUGUGAAUGAAGGCUUCCUUCAGAGACUGCUGAGCUGUCCUGGAAGGCUUCCUGGGGAAAUAGCCAAUGAAAUAGAUGGAACAUUUUCCUCCACCGGAUGCCUAAAUGGGAGCUUUUUAGCUAUCAGUAAUGAUGAUCACUACAGAACUAGUGCCAGAGUCUCAGGAAUUGAUAUGAAUGCUGCUCGACUUCUUUUUCAUAAACUUAUACAGCCAGAGCAUCCACACAUAUCUCAGCAGGUGGCAGCUAGUUUGGAGAAGAAUCUUAUUCCUAAACUGACCAGUGCCUUCCCUGAUGUUGAAGCCCUAAGACUGUUUUUAACCCUGCCAGAAUGUCCGCUGAUGAGUGAUUCAAACAAUUACAUGACACUAGCAAUUCCAUUUGCUGCAGCAAUUACAAACCUAGAAAAAGCUCCACUAAAAGUUCUUGAAAACUGGUGGUCUUUAUUGGAGCCUCCAUUAUUUCUCAAAGUAGUGGAACUUUACAAGGAUGUUGUGGUUCAUCUUUUGAAACUGAAUAAGAUCGGCAUUCCUCCUUCAGAGCAAAGAAUCUUCAAUAGCUGUUUACAUACUGCCCUCAAAGUUUUGGAAAUUUUGUACAGGGUAAAUGAAAAAGGGGGACAAAUCAUACAGUAUGAUAAAUUCUACAUACAUGAAGUACAAGAUUUGAUAGACAUAAGAAAUGACUACAUCAGCUGGGUUCAGCAGCAGGCUUAUUGCAUGGACAUCAGCCAUGGAUUAAAUGAGCUGGCAGAUGUACCAGUUACAAUUUGUACCUACCCAUUUGUGUUUGACGCGCAGGCGAAGACAACGCUCUUGCAAACAGAUGCAUUCUUACAAAUGCAGGUGGCUGUUGACCAGGCUCACAGACAGAAUUUCUCAUCUCUUUUUCUCCCAGUCUUUGAAUCUGUCAAUCCAUGCCUGAUCUUAAUAGUGCGCAGAGAAAAUAUUGUGGGGGAUGCCAUGGAAGUCUUAAGGAAAACAAAAAAUAUAGAUUACAAGAAGCCUCUUAAGGUUAUUUUUGUAGGGGAAGAAGCUGUUGAUGCAGGAGGAGUCCGCAAAGAAUUCUUCUUACUUAUCAUGAGAGAACUUUUAGAUCCCAAGUAUGGAAUGUUUAGGUAUUAUGAAGAAUCCAGGCUCAUCUGGUUCUCAGAUAAGACCUUUGAAGACAGUGACUUGUUUCAUCUGAUUGGUGUUGUCUGUGGGCUAGCAAUAUAUAAUUUUACUAUUGUAGACCUUCAUUUCCCCCCGGCUUUGUACAAGAAGCUCCUGAACAAGAAACCUACCCUGGAAGAUCUCAAAGAGCUUAUGCCUGAUGUUGGCAGGAGUAUGCAGCAGCUGCUGGAUUAUCCAGAAGAUGAUAUUGAAGAUACCUUCUGCCUCAACUUCACAAUCACAGUUGAAAACUUUGGUGCAACAGAAGUAAAAGAGCUGAUUCCUAACGGCACGGAUACUCCUGUUGUCAAACAGAAUAGGCAAGAAUUUGUGGAUGCUUAUGUGAACUACAUCUUCAAUAAAUCCGUGGCUCCUCUAUAUGAUGCAUUCCAUGCAGGCUUUCACAAAGUGUGUGGAGGUAAAGUUCUUCUGCUCUUCCAGCCCAGUGAGUUGCAAGCAAUGGUGAUUGGGAACACAAACUACGAUUGGAAGGAGCUAGAAAAGAACACUGAAUACAAGGGUGAAUAUUGGGCAGAGCAUCCAACAAUUAAAAUUUUCUGGGAAGUUUUCCAUGAGCUACCGUUGGAAAAGAAGAAACAGUUCUUGUUAUUCUUGACAGGUAGUGACCGUAUUCCUAUUCUUGGGAUGAAGAGUCUUAGUCUCGUGAUUCAGCCAACCGGAGGUGGAGAUGAAUAUCUUCCAGUGGCCCACACAUGUUUUAAUCUUCUUGAUCUUCCAAAAUACACAGAUAAGGCACUACUCCAAUCUAAGCUGAUCCAGGCUAUUGAUCACUACGAAGGCUUCAACUUAGUAUAACUUGUUGAAGAUGAGAACUCAUUAGCUUUGCAUAUUGUGGGAACACUUACUUUGCUGUAUCUGAUCUGCAGUAGCAAGUUCAAUGAUAUGGCGGACGGUGACGGUAUAAGUUAUUUGUGAACAUAUCCUGUUAUCGGAUUCCGUAUGGCAGUCCAAAACCCUUACAGAAAUGUAUUGUUGAUAGGAACUUCUGGAGCCACAUUUUCCAUCUGAACAAUAAAAAUUCAAUUUUUGAAUAAAACUAAAGUUUCCCUAAAUUCUAGUACUUCACAUAUUGCAAAUUGACUUGCUGUGCGUGUGAAAAGAUGUGCUUAAAUUUUUUAAAUCACUGCAACUAAGUCACAUUCUGAUUAUUUUUCAUUUUGUAAAUACGGUUUUGUAAUAAAAUAGCUAAGCUUCAGUAGCAGUAGAGUUUCUCUUGCCUAUCACUGACUUGGGGCUUCAGAAACCAAAAGCGGCGGGGUGGGAUGGGGACACCACUUCUCGGGCCAGAGUUGGUCAUCCGUCUCUAGUUUCAUGUGAAAAUCCGAGGACGAAAACCAUGACACUAGAAAUAGUUUGUGUGGCAGCCUUUUCAUGGUGGAACCAGCAUAAAGAUGAUCAAUACGGUUCAAAGGAAGUAACAUCCCAUGAAGGAACUAACAAUCAAUAAAAAAUUAUGAAGAGAUCCAUCAUUUAAUAUUGGAGCUCAAUACUUGGCAGCUAUAUAGUUAAAAUUAUUUAGGACAGGGAUGGCCAACCUAUGGUGCUCCAAAUGUUCCAUAGGUUGGCCACCCCUGAUCUAGGAGUUAUAAUUACUUACCUUGCACCCUCUUGGCAAAAUCUCUACUUUUUUUGACCAUAAUUUCAGCAAAGCCAGGAUAUAAUCAUUUGUUCUCAUUCUCAUAUGCUGGAGGAAUACUUUUGGCAUUCUGGUUGAAUUUUCACUUUAUCGGAUAAUUUUUCAAAGGCCCUCAUAGAACUUCAGAAGGACUUCUUUUGAGAGGAUCAUGUUGAAUUGAACAUGUGAAUUGGUGAGCGGGGUGGGGGGUGUCUCUGGCUUCAGUUUCUGAAUGUUUAUGUGUUCUUGAUAGUAUGUGACUUUCAGCUGUGAACAAAUAUUUAUUUUUUUUAGAUUUAUAAAAUGCAGUGAAAUCAAUUCAAGCAUAAAAUAAAAAUUCUUCAGUGAAAGUGCUGGAUUAUGUACACGAA